GGGCGGAAGUUUAACGUUGCCUUAAUCCGGUUCAGACAUGACAAGUGCGGCCGACGGAAGCUGAACUCAGUCCGAAAUUUGGGCUCAUAAGGUUUCAAAAAGCACACUGUGCACUGUUUCGCCACCGAGCCGGAGCCCUGUGCUGGCUACCAUGCCGGAGUGCUUUGUGCUACGACGUGAAGCCUCUGCGGAGGAGGGGAACUGUUCCUUUGUGAGCUAGUUUUGGUUCGACAGUGUGUGGUGAUGUUGUACGAGGGGCUGGAUGAGCAACGAGUAGCCUGACGCGUCUUCACCGCAGGCCGGGACCAGUCCUGCAGCAAAGCCCAGAGGUCUGAGGGAGCCACAUGGAAGGCAGGAAAGCGCCUGCAAGCCUCCGGUAUUAACCGCUACCUGGACACGGUUAGCCUGCUGCAAACUGCACCACCAAUUCCUGCGAAAAGUGAGACCAGAACAGCUUUCACGGUGGAAACGAGAAGAAGAGCAAAGAUGAAUGCUGUGCGUGGGGGCACAGUCACUUGGCGUCCCCAGCCAUGGCAGGAUGGGGACGGAGGAGGAGGGGAGCCUCUGUCCGACAGCGACUCAGAGGAGGAGGACUUCCCUGAUGACAGCACCACCCCGCUGGGAGACUACAUCACACAUGGACUGAAGCAGCUCCUGGAUGCUCAGCAGUUGUGUGAUGUUACUCUCCUAGUUGAAGGAAAGAAGUUCAUGUGUCACAGGGUUCUCUUAGCAGCUGUGAGCCCCUACUUCCGGGCCAUGUUCACCAGCCCUCUGGUGGAGUCCCGCCUCACUGAAAUCCGCCUGGAGGAAGUGACGCCAUCCGUCAUGGAGACCGUCAUACAGUUUGUGUACACUGGUGAGGCAGGGCUCUCCCUGGACACGGCUGAGGAUCUGUUUGUGGCUGCCAACCGGCUUCAAGUCAUGCCUCUUCAAGACCUGUGCUCCAGGUUUCUGUUUGAGCACCUUUCGGUGGAUAACUGUCUGGGGAUGUACUCUCUGGCUCGUUCUCAUCACGACCAGCUGCUGCUGCGCGCCUCCCUACGACUGGUAGCCCAGCACUUCCCCCGAGUGGCCCGACAGAAAGAUUUCCUCCUGCUGGAUCACGGUACCUUAGGCAGCCUCCUGAGCUCAGACCGGCUAGGGGUGGACUCAGAGGCAGAGGUUUAUGAUGCAGCUCGCCGCUGGGCAGAGCACCAGCCCCUAGAUCGCUACGCUCACAUGCCUGCAUUGCUUCACCACCUGCGUCCAGGGCUUCUGUCACAAGAAGAGAGCCGAAGACUGAGCCAGGAGCUGGGGCCAGCUGCAGCAGGUGAGGGGCUCGGGGGGCCCCUCCGGCCACGGGAGGGCAUGUUUGAGAAGAAGAUCGUCUGUGUGGACCUGACACCUCGGGAAGAUGAAAACUUAGCGGCAAGAGAAAAUACAGUGGAUUGUUUUGACCCUCGGACAGGAAAGUGGGAAAAGUUAGCAGCACUGAGUUCACUUGUCAGUCCUGGCUGCACGGCUGUAGGCGACAGGCUGUUUGUAGCUGGAGGGAUCCUGCGAACAGGGUCUGUGUCUGCAACCGUCCAUGAAUAUGAUGCAGUGCUGGACCGCUGGAUAGAGCGGCCUUCAAUGGUCCAGUCCAGGGCUAUGCUAGGUCUGUUGGGCUGUGGAGAGUCACUCUAUGCCUUAGGUGGCUGUAACCGCUCAGCCCUGUUGGACUCCAGCGAGACUCUGGAGCUCACUACACUACAGUGGACUCCCGGACCUCGACUGCCGCUCCCUCUGCGCGCCUUUGCCUGCGCAGCUCUACGCGGACGACUUUACCUUCUGGGUGGCACCACGCUCGAACAGAACCGAGCCGUGGUCCACUCGGGCGUGCUUAUUUAUCACACUCUGACAGACUGCUGGACGCGUGUGGCACUGGACUCUGGUGCUACCUGCCUUGCUGGAGGAGUAGCAGUGCGAGGCGGAGUCUGUGCAAUAGGGGGAUACAUGAGGGACACCACCAAGUUCCUGGAUGGAAACUACACCAAUCUAGAGACUUUGGACGCCACAGGACGUGUGCUGUUUUUCAGAGAGGGAAGAGGGUCUGGGUUAGAGCGGGAGGUGACUGGGGGAGGGGUGCUGGUUACGGCAGAGCAGAGGGGCGGCGCAGGUGGUGGAAGUGACCGAGCCCCGAGUCCUGUGGUCUUUCCUGGCCUGCCGCGACGGAUCGCCUCUGGGGGCGUGGCCAGGUGGAAGAGGCGGAUUUAUGUUCUGGGUGGGGAAAACGGCUCACGGUUCUACGACAGCGUAUAUUGUUGGAAGCCUGGCUGGCGCAGCUGGGUCCAGAGACGUGAAAAACUCCCCGGAGACACUGGAGGGGUGAGCCAGUUUGGGUGUACCACUCUAAAAUUCCCUAAGAAACACAUCCUGUCCAGACUGAGACUAGCCAAAGAAAACUGCAAGUAGGACCGUUGAUGGGGAAUAGUACGACAGUAGCCGUUAAUGAGAGGGAGGGAUGAGCUUCAGGCGGAAUUAGCUUGAUUCAGAAGAAUGCCUUUUUAUACAAUUUGAGAUGGGGCACAGAGCAGGCCUAUAACAUCUGAUGAGAUCUAUUAUGCAUUGUCAAAUGUACAGGCAAAGAACAAGUGGAGCUAAAAAACUGGAUAAAAAGAUGCAACAAGCACCUGAAUGUAACUUACUCCAGUAGUUGUCAGGACUUAGAGAAGAAAGGGCCUUUUAUUUGUUUUAUCUAAGUGUAUUGUCAGCUUUUUUACUGGGGUAAUACUUGUAAGGCUGUUUGGAAAGUAUUUUAAUGCUGUGAAGUUUUAUUUUCUUUUUUGUUUAGUUUAGUUUAGACACAAGGAUGCUCAUACAUGUCUGACAAUGCUAUGUUCCACUGAUUUGCCUGAACUUGAAACUUCUAUUAAAGACUGAAACAAAGACA